UUGCCUGGGCACAAGCAAACCCCAAGCCACUGUGUUUCUUUUCCCCUCCCCUCGCUGAGGAUCUUCCUCAGUCGCCUCCUCACUGCGGGUACGGGGGUUGGGACAGUUGGGUGGACUGACUGAUGAUCCAGUUUGGCGACAACGCCAUGCUGCUGCCAGAAAUGUGCAGCAGAGGCCCCUGAUGAUUUGCCUGGAGGUGGAGGUUUGCCUGCAGCUCUCGCCAUCACAAGUUCACAACGCCAAGAUUUGCCUUCCUGUUCUUUCCUCCCCUUGAUUGGUGUUUUAAUUUGAGAUUAACCACGCGGGAGCUGGUGGGUUAUGGGCAGAGUUGGUUAGCAACAGAGGUUUUGAGGCCGUCAUUAACAACACGCCAACCAUAGAACCAUGGAGCAUCAUUGGAGAUGAAUCCUCCCUUCAUUUGACGGCUGAUAGGGCCUCCUGUUUCACAAAAAAUAUUGUUGCUCUGAGAAUGGAAGUUCUCUGUGACAAUUGUCCACCUGGUGGAGUUGGCAUUUACAACCCAGGAUUCUGGGGCAUGAACAUAGAAGAAGGCAAAACCUAUAAUCUAGUCAUGUAUGCCAGAUCUCCUGACUCUAUGGAGUUGAUUGUUUCACUCACAUGUUCAAGACCUUCUGGCGCAUUGAAAAACCUUGCAUCAGCUUCGACACGACAUAUCAAUUUGUCUAACUGGACAAAGGUAGAACUGCAACUGUUGGCUCAAGGAACAUGCAGAACUGCAAGACUUGAACUAACAACUUCCAAAAGAGGAGUAUUAUGGCUUGACCAAGUGUCACUCAUGCCUUCAGAUACAUACAAGGGCCACGGUUUCCGAAAGGAUCUCACAUAUAUGCUUCUGGAUUUGAAACCACGAUUCCUACGUUUUCCUGGUGGUUGCUUUGUUGAAGGCAACUGGUUGAGCAAUGCUUUCAGAUGGAAGGAAACCACUGGUCCAUGGGAAGAGAGGCCUGGGCACUAUGGAGAUGUUUGGAAUUACUGGACAGAUGAUGGCCUUGGCUAUUAUGAGUUUCUCCAGCUCGCAGAAGACUUGGACGCUCUUCCAAUUUGGGUCUUCAAUGCUGGUAUCAGCCACAACGAUGCAGUUAACAGCAGUAUGAUUUUACCUUUUGUUAAGGAUGCAAUGGAUAGUCUUGAGUUUGCAAGGGGGAAUGCAGAAUCGACAUGGGGCUCUGUUAGAGUCGCAAUGGGUCAUCCUGACCCAUUUCCGCUGAAGUACGUGGCAAUUGGAAAUGAGAAUUGUGGAUACGGAUCAUACCGAGGAAACUACAUGGCAUUUUACUCUGCUAUAAGGAAGGUAUAUCCAGACAUACAAAUAAUUUCAAACUGUGAUGGCUCAUCUAAGGCACUCGACACUCCUGCGGAUUUUUAUGAGUAUCAUAACUAUACUGACACUGCUGCUAAAUUGUUUAUUGCGAAGAACCAAUUCGACAAGACAUCACGUAGUGGGCCUAAGGUUUUUAUCAGCGAAUAUGCUGUCAGAGAUGGCCAUAAUGGAAGCCUCCUUGCUUCACUUGCCGAAGCUGCAUUCCUUACAGGAGUAGAAAAAAAUAGUGAUUACAUUCAGAUGGCCAGCUACGCUCCUAUGUUCGUAAAUGAAAAGGACAGAACCUGGAGCCCAGAUGCGAUAGUCUUCAACUCCUGGCAACAAUACGGAACCCCUAGUUACUGGAUGCAGACAUUUUUCCGUGAAUCAAGUGGUGCUCUGAUUCAUCCGGUUACAAUCACAUCCAGGUACUCUGACUUGUUGGCAGCAUCCGCCAUUACGUGGCAGGACAAUGAAAAGAGCUUCUUGAGGGUAAAGAUUGUAAACUUUGGAUCUGGUGCUGUAAACCUUACUAUACGUGCAACUGGACUUCAGGUUGGUGUCAAUACAAAGAGAUCAAGAGUCACUAUUCUGACGUCUGGCAAUGUGCUGGAUGAGAAUUCGUUCAGCAACCCAGAAAAAAUCCUUCCUGUCAUGAAAGGGCUACCGAAUGCAGCAGAAGCCAUGCAUAGCUUCCUGAGCCCUUACUCGUUCACCUCAUUCGAUCUAGCUUUGGAUGAAUAAAGACGCGAAGAGCCAGCAGUGGGCAAGAGUUUCAAAAAGAUGUAGGAUGAUUAGGUGAUGUGUGGUGCACCGUGCACAAACUGUAGAAAGGUGGGGGUGUGGUGUGCUUUCUGGUACCUAAUGUUAUCCUUCGUCUUAUGAGUUGCAAGCAUAAUGCAGAUGUAAAUCAUGAUCGCUGCUAUCACCUAUUCUACUAAUAAUUAUUAUGAGGAUUAUACCAGGCAACUCAUAAAAGAAUCUGCAUGCUGAAUAAAUGGUUGUUGAAAAC